CCACGACGAGCGACGCCCAAUCCUGCUUUUUCGACAGACUAUCCGCCCAUUUGCGACGCUUUGUGCCCAUUUGAUUCGACGCCAUCUGUUUGCCUGACGGUUGCGCGGCGCCAUUUCCAGGACAUCUUUCUGGAAGCACUGCCCGCCGUCGGCCUUAUUGUCCUCCGCUCUGGGGAGGUGCGGGAAACCUGGACGUCCACACUGCACACCCCGCUACCUUCCCCGAGUCGUCAGUUCUACAACCCGCGCCACUCGUCGGAUAGAACCCCGGAAGACGGUUCAUGAGUACCGCAUCUCCCACCGCCUAUCUUCUGUGGGCGAUACUUUCUGUGCUAUUUCUUGGCUUCUUGAUCUACCAUAUAUGGAGCUACGACAAGUUUAGAUGCCUCCAUUGGUCCUCGGGACGUCAACCGGGGGCGUUCAAGCGUAUCAUGACGUAUUCCUAUCUAGGUUCAGUGCCAUUAUUUGUGAUAUACAGUAUAGCGACGACUGCCAUCAAAUUCAGAGAAGGUUGGGUGGUCCUCCCCAACGGCUCCGUCAUUCCGAAACCUCUUGAUCUCUAUGCGCCGGUUAAUCAUCACUGGAUUCUGCCCUUGGGGUUCGUGUUUAGCUUUGCUUGGGGCCUUGAACUGAUUACGCAUCUGGAAGAACUUGCUUUCUGGCUUUAUCUCCUCCAUCAGAAUCCGGAUAAGGCGGAGUGGUUCGAGAGCUGGGAAUACCGCAUGUGGUACAUGGGUAGCAUGGUUGCCUUUAUCGGGAUGCCCUUAACGGCUCUGGUUGCAAGAAGAGACGUGGUGACUCUCGACGCGUACAUCUUCCUUGCUGGCAGCUCUGGAUCAACUGGCACAACGGUUCUAUUUUUGUAUGUUCUCUGGGCAUUCCCGAAAUUCCUGAAGCAUGUGAAAGCGGAGGGUGCAGACCCUACAGUCGUCGUCCGGCUGGCGACUUUUUAUGCGCUCAAUCUUGCUCGAGUCGUUUUCCGGUUCCUCUUCACUAUACCGCUUCUCAUUGUGGCAAUCGAUGGCAUUGUAGGGGAUUCCCACCCAAUAAACCGCAGCGUGUUCUGGACAGACUUCUUGCUCAUGAUGGCUGGAAUCGGCUGCUUCGUGUCCACUACGAUUACCCUGCUGAUUUUCUUCCCUCGAUCUGUCAUAAGCGAAGCAGGAUACAAACCGAAGCUACCCACAUCCGUCGGCUCAGGCUCACCGAAGAGCAUGCCUCCUUCUCCGACUUCUGCCGUGAAUCGAUCUCUAAAUUUCUCGAAUUUCGGCCAUCUCUCGUCUGACUUCUCGCCGGUGGAUUCGCGACAUCAGUUUUAUCCGACGGAGUCGCAAUUACGCGAACACGAAGAACUAGACGAGAACUACGGAUACGAGGAUGAUGAUGCGCCACCAUACGCCAGCAAUGAAGGUCAUGUCUCCCAGGACCAAGCACAGGUUGAGACGUCCGGUACCCUGUACCGUCUGCAGCACGCAUAUCCGGAUCAAGCAGCGUAUCAACGUCAGCCUUUCCCUCACUCCUUGUCGAGCCCAUACAUUCCUGCUGCUGGGGCGCUCUCACCACCACCGCCACCAUCGCCGGAGGCGUACCACCUGGCAGGAGCAGCCCCGGCGCCGCCGUCGUCGACGCCUCCACCGGCACCUGGGCGCGUGCCAAUGAAACGUCAUUCGAGACGGCGAUCGAACUUGAAUCAGCCCGCUUCGCAGGCGGAGAUGCAGCGGCAUUCAUUGGGGCACGUGCACCGUUUCGGCGACGGACACCCUCAAGUACACGGAGCGCUGGGCUUCUCGCUGCCAGAUGACGGGCGGAGCACGCCGAGUCUGGUGAAGAAGUCGAGCGGCGUGCUCGAGCAAACGUUCGAGGUGCCGAUGCCGAUGGCCGCUGCCACGACGUCCCGCCGUCCGGGCCGCGAUUCGCACAAGCGGCAGUCGUCGAGCUUGCACCCGUAUGUCAUGACGUUCACGUCUCCCAUCGAUCUUGCCGACCUGAAUGCGGCUGAGACGCGCGAACAGUCGCGAACGAUGCCAUGAUUCUCUCGGCCCUCACGCCGAAAGCCCGAAAGCGCCUUUCUCUGCGACUAUUUCUUCUCUAUACCCCCGUUCAACAUACCCUCGCAUGGUCGAGAUGUACUACUAGUCAAGGACACAGCCUAAUAUCCAUGCCGUGGUAGUGAUGUGAACAUCAUCGACCUAAAUGGCGAUCAUCAAAAAUAUCUUUUGCCGGUGUAGUUUGGUAUUUCACUUGAAAAUUCUUGCUCUCUUGUUCUUUUAUGGAUUUGUACUUGUACCUUGCUGUACCAUGUAGUGUUGGUGUAUUUC